UUGACGAGGGAGAGUGCGGUGCCGUCACACGCUCUAGUCGGGACUUUGUAAACAGGUGGAAAGGACGGACUUGUCAUCAUUCCACAAGCUUUCGAAACCAAUGGGAAACAACGGAUUUUGAUAUAGCAGCCCAGACCCCGCCCACGAUGUCUCAAGCAAUCCCAGGAGGCCCCACCCCCCUGCAGGUCACGCCGAAGGACCCGGAGACCUCAAAGGACCCCGAGACCCGCCGUCUGGAGGAGGACAGGGCGCGCACGGCCAACUGGAAGCGCUGGGGGCCUUACCUCAGCGAGCGCCAGUGGGGGACAGUGCGAGAGGACUACUCCGAGGACGGCAACUGCUGGGACUACUUCCCCCAUGACCACGCUCGCUCACGGGCGUACCGCUGGGGCGAGGACGGCAUCGCGGGCGUGUGCGACCGGCGUGGGCGUCUCUGCUACAGCGUCGCGCUCUGGAAGGCGGAUCCCAUUCUCAAAGAACGGCUCUUCGCUUGACGGACCCAGGGAAACCACGGCGAGGAUGUGAAGGAACUCUACUACUACCUGGACUCGACCCCGACGCACUCCUACAUGAAGUUCCUGUACAAGUAUCCCCAGCAGCAGUAUCCUUACCAGCAGCUCGAGGAGGGCAACCGGGAGAGGGGCGUGCUCGAUCCUGAGUUUGAGUUGGAGGAUACGGGCGUGUUGAGUGCAGGAUACUGGGACGUGCAAGUCGACUACGCGAAGGACUCGCCCAACAGCUUAUUGGCGGAAGUGAAGAUAACGAACCAAGGACCUCAAGCUGAUACGUUGCAUGUUCUCCCUACUCUCUGGUACCGCAACACGUGGAUCUGGGGGUGCAGCCAUGAGGGCUGUGGACUGAAACCCAAGAUGAAGCUUCAGUGCGGAUCGGGCAGCGAGCGGGCGAGUGUCGUUCACGCCUGGCACGAAACUCUGGGGGACUACGAAUGGGCGCGACCAGAGCGUUCACAAAGCGGAUAUGCUGUUCACGGAGAACGAGACCAACACAAGAAGCUCUUUAACUCGGACAACUACACCCCGUAUGUGAAAGACGCUUUUCACCGCUACGUAGUUCAGAACGAAAAAGACGCCGUGAACCCCGCCAUGCAAGGAACGAAGUCGAGCGCGCACUACAUCGUCACUCUGGAGCCUGGAAGGUCGACGACUUUGAGGACGAGGUUGUGGCAGAAGGACGAGGCUCCUGAGGGCGACGGCGGGACGAAUCGCUUGUUCGGAGAAGCCUUCGAAGCCAUCAUGGAAAAACGGAGGCAGGAGGCUGACGUCUUUUACAAGAAGGUGUUAAGUCCUCGGCUCUUAGUGGAGGAAACACGGGUGGCGAGGCAGGCCUUAGCUGGGCUACUUUGGACCAAGCAGUUCUACCACUACAUUGUUAAGGAUUGGCUCGGGGGAGACUCGGACCAGCCUCCCCCCCCAGCCUCACGUCACUAUGGCCGCAAUAGCGAGUGGGGUCAUCUAUUUAACCUGGACGUUAUAUCGAUGCCUGACAAGUGGGAGUAUCCUUGGUAUGCUUCAUGGGAUCUCGCCUUCCACUGCGUCGCCCUGGCCUUCGUCGACGCAGACUACGCCAAAGAUCAGCUGAUUCUCUUCCUCAGGGAAUGGUACAUGCAUCCCAAUGGCCAAAUACCUGCCUACGAGUUCGCUCUCGGGGACGUGAACCCGCCCGUGCACGCGUGGGCGGCCAUGAACGUGUACAGAGGGAGUGGGCGGCGAGGUGCGAGAGACACAGCUUUCUUGGCGAGAACCUUCCAGAAGCUGUCCCUUAAUUUUACGUGGUGGGUCAACAGAAAGGACCCCAACGGAAGGAAUCUUUUCGGCGGAGGUUUCCUCGGUCUUGACAACAUAGGAGUCUUUGACAGGUCUCGGCCGCUCCCCGUUGCUGGUCAGUUGGAACAGGCAGACGGCACCGCGUGGAUGGCCUUCUUCUGCGUCACGAUGCUGGACAUGGCCCUCACCCUGGCCGAGAGCGACCCCGUGUACGAAGACAUGGCCUCCAAGUACUUCGAGCACUUCAUCCUCAUCGUCGACGCCAUCAACUGCUCGGGUCAAGGGCGAGGUCUGUGGGACGAGGAGGACGGGUUCUACUACGACUUCAUAAGGAGGGACGACGGCACGUCGAUGCCGCUGAAGGUCCGCUCCCUCGUGGGCCUGACGCCGCUGUUCGCCGUGCUCGUGCUGGUGAGGGAGGAACUGCAGGCGCUGCCGGGUUUCUACAAGAGGUCGCGUUGGCUCAUCAACAACAGGCCAGAUCUCGCCUCAAGGGUGACCUUCAUGAGCGAGGGCGGGUCGCGUAGGAUGCUGCUCGCCGUUCCCACGAAGGAGCAGCUCCUCCGACUCCUUCGAUAUCUGCUGGACGAGGACGAGUUCCUCUCUCCUCACGGCAUCAGGUCACUCUCCAAGGUUCACGAGAAAUCACCUUUCGUCCUGGACAUCGGCGGAGAGAAGCACGAAGUCACGUACGUUUCCGGCGAAUCGAACACCUACCUUUUUGGCGGGAAUUCGAACUGGCGCGGACCCAUCUGGCUGCCCAUGAAUUUCCUCAUUAUUACUUCACUUAAGAGAUACCACUUCUUCUACGGAGACCAGCUGAAGGUAGAGUGUCCCGUCGGCUCAGGGAACUACAUGACACUGGAGGAGGUGGCCGUGUUUCUGGCAAGGCGCCUCGUCACCCUGUUCCUUCCGGGCGGCGACGGCUCUCGGCCUUGCCACGGCGCGAGCAAGGCCUACCGCGACGACCCUGCGUGGAAAGACCUCCUGCUCUUCUACGAGUUCUUCGACGGCGAGACCGGGCGGGGCUGCGGCGCCUCCCACCAGACCGGGUGGACGGCGCUGGUGGCCAACUGCCUCAACAUCACCCUGGGUUACUCCCACGCUGGCUUAGGACGGUAUAACACUGACGAAUAGGCUUUCUCUCCCUUGUUGUAGAGGUGGGGCUUCGUUGAGGGAGAGGGCGCUGGUGUGAUGAAGAUGAUAUGUAUGUGAAUAUGAUAUAAUAAUGAAUACUAAUGAAUAAGGCGUUUGUUUGGUGUAAAAAGAUGUUUUCUUUUGUUCCGUGUUCGCGUUGCUGUAAAUUGUUGAAACGAGCAUUCAGGUUUCAUCUUUUGUAUUUUUUUCUAAUCACAUGAAGCUCUCUUUUUUUGUCUCUGUGAUUCGCUCGUUGAGAGUUGGUGUUGAACAGUUUCUUUAUAAGUGCCAUCUUCCUUCUGCUGCUGCUGUGUUGCGACAUCUGUGGCCCUCUUAAAGAGACAUUUGGUACGAAAGUGUCAGAGUACGUUUGGUAAUAAUAAUAAAAAGUAGAUGCUGUUUUGGGGUUCUGUUGACAAAAGACAUUCGAGAGAUUAUAUAUAUCGUGAUAAUUGACACUGUGAUAAGGAUAAUAGGCAGUUAAAUGGGCUAUCUUUGAAGGUUAAUGAAACUCAUCAUUAUUAAAAUCAUAUUUUAUUUGUUUCAUCUUUUUUGUAAUAUGAAUGCUCGUUUGCAGAUGUAUUAUUGACUUUUAUAUUAUGUCUUUAAAAUAUACCUGGCUUUGAUUAUAUUGAUCAGUUUGUCUGUCCAGAACCUUAUGUAACCAAACAUUUUACACGUCAUGAUCAGGUCUUUCUACAGAUGAUUUUUUUUAUUAUUAUUAUUCGCAUGUCCAACCGUGCAUCAGCUUUUUCAUCAUAAUUACCCAUAUAACUCAGACCAAACGAUUUAUUCACGCCUCAACCAUUACAUUA